ACGGGAACCUCGGCGGUGCUGGCGCGGUGGGGGCUCAGGUGAGGCGGCAGGUUUGUUGGGAAACAGUUGCAGUGUCGGUGAGGAAUUGGCAGCUAAACCGCAAACCUCGGGGGUUUGGUGUUCCCUGAGGAAGAUGCAGAGGGACUCCUGUGUGCCUGUUGAGCUGAUCGGGGGUGUGGAAUAACCUCUGCAUGGCCCAGUUUGGAGCAGGCUGAUAAGGCUCCUUGUUUCUUAGCAACCCCAGCUCUGCCACAGCCAGGAACCUGCCCUUCUGCAGCUGCAGGGGAGAAUUCUGAAUGUCUCAAAAUCAAAUCUCCAACCAAGACCUGUGUCUUUCCUGGGCAUGGAGGUGCCAUAUGUCCUUCUCCUAACACGGCUGGUGGCAGAAGUUGCCAGCAAAUCCACGGAAAGUUCGGUUGCAGAAUCAGAAUGCUGUGUGGAUAUGUUGGAUUCCAACAGUUCCUGUCCAGCCACCAACCAGUGCAGCCCAGGUUGUUACAGGAGAUGGAAUGAGGAUGGAAGCAGCAGCUGCAUUAAAUGCAAAAAUGAAACCCUGCCUGUUUUCUCUGUUUACAACCUGACUGAGUGCAGAAAUACUGGUAGCAGAGGGAUGAAUUUCCAAAUGAACAUAAGCACUGUAACUCCUUUCUUACAGAACAUAGGGGGCCCAGAAGUGGCAGCUUCUCUCAUCCUGGGGACAUUUUUCAUCAGUUUGUUCCUGAUUCUCUCUGUUGCUUCCUUCUUCUACCUCAAACGUGCCAAUAAACUUCCUAACAUUUUCUACAGAAGGAACAAAGCAUCUGUUCUCCAGCCUAGUGAAACAGCAUCCAUGAUACCUCCCCCAGCUUCUUCAGUCCGGAAGCCGCGAUACGUCCGCCGGGAACGGUCCCUGGUCACCUCCAGCUCCGCUGCCAUCAUCUCCUCCUCUGACACCAGGGUCAGCAAUGUUUAACCUUCACUCCUGACAGAGGACUGGGAGCGUUCAUGGUGUCAAAGAACCUUUCUCUGAACCCACUGAAGUGCCAGGGAAACGUUGCAAGCAGCUGACCCCGAACAGAAACCAAACUACCGCGGGCGAGGGUUUGUGCCAAAUGUCCUCCCGGGGAUGAAGUGCUGGAGGUGACACCCCUGUUGUAGGAACUCCUCUGCAAUGCACUAUUCCAGCUCUGGGGGCUCCUUUCUCUCCUGCAGGUGCUGUGUUUGAAAUCUGUAAAGAAUCUGCCUUUCUUUGGAACUCUCUCUGUCCUUGGCGAGCUCUCCCUCCCCGUGUUGUGACAGUGUCCCUGUGUCCCCAGGGCUGACUGGCUCCACAAAAUCCCGGGAAUGCUCCAGGCUGUGGACUUGAGGAAGGGAGCCACUUGUGAGUGGGAACACUGGAGUGCCACUGCUUUAACAGCACAACAAUAAUUAACGUGCAGAAUCCUUGGGAAGCAGGAAAUGAUGCCUGUGGAGCAUCCUGUGCCACAGCUGACCCUGGGGUUUAACCGUGACUAUUGACCCACCCUCCUGCCACUGCUGCUCCUGGUGCUUUGGAAGGCCAUGCUCAAUAUGGGUCCAAUCCCAAGGGUGGGAAUUUCUUGGGGGGGAAGUUUUUCUCGAUUGGGUUCAGCUCAAUCCUGGGAUAAGGAGCUGUUUGCUGGGGCUUUGCAGCUGAGAGGCUGCACAGUCUGUCCCCUGCUGGCUGGGCCACCUGGGAGAGCAAAAUUCCUGUCAGGCACGUCAGUGAGGGGUGGGAUGAACUGGAGAGGUCAGGGGGACUCCUGCCAAUGCAAUAAGGGCUUUCUUUGGUCAGGCCCUUCACUAACACACCUGAAAUCUGCAGGCCAGCACCUUAGGACAGAGCUCAGCAGGGAUUUCCUUCUUCAAACACCAGCCUAAAACCCCCACACACCCUGGAUAUUGUCCCUGCCCUCUCUGUGUGCCUGAGGAGUCGCUCCCUCAGGGAAUUAGAGGAGCUGUAAAAUCACUUUUUUUCCUGCCUAGAUUCUCCUUCCCCAGUUCUUUUCCUGGCAGGGGUGACUCUGUUGCCAUGUGAACCCAUACUGGGCAUACUGGGACGGGCCUGAGAGUGGGUGACUGGGAAAAUCAGUGGGAAAAAAAGAGGUUGCUGAAGUGGUGGAAGUGUCACUGUCACCUUCUGUGAAUUCUAUCUAUGCAUCCCCACCUACCUGUGUUGCUGUUGCCUCUUUUGGUUGAGCUGCCACUCCACUCUGGCUCUGUGCUCCUAAAAUAAAUCCUUUGGAAGCUUUUCCUCAGCAUCCACUGGCAGGAAUGAGGAACUGGAACAGUUGGUUCUCCUUUUUUCAGGAAAAUGAGGAUAAAACUGCCUUGAUCUGACAGUGUCACCCAUAUGGAGGGCCCAGAACUUGUGUCAUCCACAUUCCCUCUUCUCUGGGGUUAAAAGCUUCUUCAAAGAGGACAACUGGGAUGGGAGGAGAUAAAUUUAUCUCCUUGAGUAGAGCCAUUUUCUGGAAGUUGCAGUGCAGUUGUAUUUUUGCUCCCUCACAGGUGGUGAGAUCCUUGUAAAAAUCUACAGGGGCUUUAAAAAGAAAAUCAUGAAGAGGUUCCUGUGCCAAAAACAACCAAACAAACAACAAAAAAACCCUGAAACUUCACAUUGAUGAUAAAUAAAAUUAUUGAUCUACCAGACAGGCAAUGCCAGUUUUCAGCUUUCCAGGGGAAAUGUGCUUUAUUUGGGAUGCUCCCAAGCUCCUGAGCUUCGGGAGGUGGCACUUUCGUCGCUCUCACUUCCAUGUCUUUUUGUCUUCGUGCUGCUGAGAUUUUUCCCACAGGCAGAAAUCAUGUCUGGAGCUUUUCCCUGAGCUGACUUGCUGAGUGUGUUCCUGACUGCUGAGGAAAAGGAGUAACUAUGCAAAUAAAUGCCAAGAAACUGCACCUUUGGAAAGCAGGGAGUUUGUAUUUGUGACCCUGUCCGUGGCAGUGCAUUCUUGUGUUGCUCAGUUGCUAAUAUAUUGUCCUUUUUUUGACCCAGAAAUUACUGAAGGAUCAGGUCACUGGAGUGUCUGAACCCUCUUGAUCCCUCGAGUGCACGUUGUAACUUGGUUUAAUGUCCAGUAUCUAAAGCUCUAACUCUGUGCAGUCGAGUUUUUCUCGGUGACAACACCUCUCUCACACCCAGCAGACUUUUAACUACAGCAGAGAUUUGUACUAUUUUCUGUGUUUCUGGUUUUGUUGCUGUCUAACCCAGUGAAUUCCUGGUCUAAGCAGUUUGUUUGCACUGUCAAAUUAAAUAUCUUAACGUGGUGGUUUGGUCCCCCCCUCCCCAUCUCCCUUGAAGAUAAUAAUGCACACCUAGAUAUGUUUUAAAAAAAAAAAAAUUUGGCUUUAACGAUCCCUGAUAUUUAAUGUAUUUGUAUAUUUUUUAACUGUGUGCCAAAAUAAACAUAUUUGAGCUUUCUUUUUCUUUUAA